AUGGGUUCCCGUGCACAUGCACAGUCGUCCAAACAUGCCAUCAAAUUACGAGGAGCAGGAGGGGCCAGUGCGCAAGGAACCCGACCCUCGCAGCAGGAUCAAUACACUAUAAUCCUUCCGGAUGAGAUUCCCAAGACGACGAUUCACGAUGAAAUAGCCAUUUUUGCGGUCUACGACGGACAAAAGGUCGCGCACCACGCAAAGCGACACAUCAGGGAGCUUCUCUUUGAAGGCGACGCGCUACAAGCCGGUCGCUAUGAGGACGCAAUCCGACAGGCCAUCCAAAAAGAAGAGGAAACGCUUCUUGAGGAGUGUCAAGAGGGGGAGGAGAAAUUCGCGAUCUCGGGAUCAACGGUCUCGGUAGUGAUUAUCAACCUUAACAAGGGCGUGAUGGUAGUGGGCAACCUGGGUGACUCGCAUGUCCUCAUGGGCGAGUGCGAUAUAACCGGGCAAUUGGAGACUGUGCGUCGCUUGACACAAGACCACAAACCCGACUGUCCGGAGGAGAAGGAGAGAAUCGAAGAUGCAGGGGGAGUAGUCAACUAUGAGUCCGAGACUGCACGGAUAGGAGCUUUGAAUAUGUCGCGAGCGCUCGGAGACCUGCAGUACAAGAACCCGCUUAAUAAUGAUACUGCAGGCCCAAGCACGACAGGGCAGGAACUAGCGGCCAUGACACCGUCGAUUGAACAGGGCAACUUUUUGUCUACUGAACCGUCUAUUACCCGGGUAGAUCUGCGGCAAGACCGUCGAUAUAUCCUGGCUUUGACGACAGAUGGUGUGACCAACGUGAUGAAGGACAAUGCCAUCAUCGAUGAAAUCAAGACACGGCAUGAAGGGGGACUAAGCGUGCAGCAGGUAGCUGACCAGCUGGUCCGGGAUGUUGCAGAGGGCAUGCGGAGGGACAAUGCCACAUGUAUCGCGGUGUUUCUGGAUGGAUGUUUGUCCUGA